UCCUCCACUCUUAACGAACUCUAUUUUAGGGCAGGCCGUACGCCGUUUACAUCGUCACUCACGAAACAGAGCUCUGGAUUGGUCUCAACCAAGACUCUAUCCAUUGCGAUUGCGAAGAAAGUAUUUUCUUCACUGGAGAAGGUGGAAACGGAUCUCAGGGUAUUUGGAUCCGGUCUCGAUGGAGAACUAUAUAACUAAAAUAAUUAAUCACUCAACUGUUUAUGAGAGUAUUAUAAAGUCACUACGUUUGGUAAUCAACUGUUGCUUUCCGAAACGAAGUGACUUAUAAUAAUCUCAUGAAUGGAUCUAUGUUAACUGUUGAUAGGUUGUUUUUGUCUAAUGAUGUAUUGUAGCUCCGCGUUUCUUGUUCGUUCACUCUUUUGUCAGGUAUAAACAAGAUAAAUCCCAAGCAUCAUCCACCUUAUUAGCCCUUGAACAUGAAGGCUUGUAAAAUGGAUGAUGCUUGGGAUUUAUUUUGUACUCUCCUCUUCUAAAAGAGUGUUGCCUCCAUAGGACUACCAAUGAUUUCAGACUUGUUGAAGGAACGUGAUGCUUUUGCUUAUAGAAAGCAUGAAAGAUUUGACCACUCCCAUUUAUAUUGUUUUUGUACUUUUGGUAACCAAGAUAUAUGAACAUGUUCUAGUUGAGUCUUUACUCCCACUUCAUGUAUCAAUGGAACAAGGUUGGCUUCAACUGCAGAUUAAUUGAUUAUAGAAACCAAGUGAAUUAACCAAAGUCCGAGCAAUCAAAGAGAUCCUAUCUUGUUUUUCUUAGUUUGAGCGCUUCUAUGUUCUGUAAUGACUUUGUGCCAAACAUCACUCUAAAACAUUUCUUAUUAACAUACUCCUUCUUGCUCUACAAUAAUUCUUCCUCUUUAGAUUGGACAUUGAGGAGAUAACUUAACUCUAUCAAAGUGUUAUAUAUAAUUCACUGCCUUUUCUAAGUUGCCAAGAUUUUUACUACUUCUCAUAAGACAUUUAUUCAAAAGUUUUGUUGAUAGGUGGUUUUAUUAUGGUUUUGUAUAGUUAAUGACUCAACCACCUUCUGUCAGCCCCUUUAUUCAAACUCUUUUUUAGCAAAAGAUUGGUAAUACUUGUGUUUGUCUGAAUCUCGAGGCAGAUAAAUUUUGAGACGAAAUAAGGGAUUGGUCAAUACCUUCUGGAACCAGCAGACAUGCAUGCAAUCACAAAGUUUCCUUUCUUAAAUUUCUUUCUCUCUCCCCACCAUGCAUGUGUGUAUCCAUACAUCUAUAAAACAGAGAAGAAGCCUCCUCAUCUUUUGGCCAUUGCAAGAAAAUGAAACACUUCUACCAAUUCCAACAGCAGCUUGUCCUCUUUAUAGGUCUUGGCUUAUUGCUGUCUCUUCUUGCUUCAUUUGUUAUGAAGUGCAAUGCCUUGGAAGAUUUCACUGAUACAAGCGAUGUAAGAGACUUCAUUUCCAAUUACGAAAACCGCACUGGCCUCUCCAGAAAGCUUCUGCUAUCUCCGGAUAUUGGCGACGGGACCAAAAGGAUAGGAGAAGAAUGCUCAAAAGAUGAUGUUGUUGUCUUUCAAGGCUCAACGGUUCCACUUCCAAACGGAGUACCAGCAUUUACAGUUGAGAUCUUAAACGCAUGUGCCUCUGAUUGCAGCGUUGCGGAGAUCCACGUAAGUUGUGGCUGGUUCAGCUCGGUUAGACUGGUUAACCCUAGAGUUUUCAGACGACUCUCCUACGAUGAUUGUCUGGUCAAUGAUGGUCAACCUCUUGCUCCUGGACAGACACUCUCCUUUCAGUAUGCUAACAGCUUCGCUUACCCUCUCUCUGUCUCUUCAGUCUCUUGCUUCUAGUUUUAGACGUAUUUUCCACGGAACUGUGCUUCAGUUUUCAUUAAACCAAGAUCUUGGAUUGAGUUUGUGUUCUUCAAACCAAGGUCUUGGUUAGCCUACUAUUGUAAGCCAGUUUAAGUUUAUUAGUGUUAAUGUGGCAUUGGUGAUUGUGUUCAAAA